AUGGGCUUCGGCAUGAACUACGCGCACCACCAGUGCGUGUCCGGGAUGGAAGUCAUGCUGGCGGACGGCGACGUGGUGCGGACGGGCCAGUUUGGCAUCAGCAACUCGCCGUCGGCCUUCCUGUCCAAGUUCACGUACGGCCCCUCGGUGGAGGGCUUGUUCGUGCAGAGCAAUCUCGGCGUCGUCACCAAGCUGUCGCUGUGGCUGACGCCGCAGCCGCAGGCGUAUAUGGCCUGCACCUUCUCCAUGCAGGAGUACGAGGGGCUGGAGGUCAUGGUUGAUGCCUUUGGCGAGAUGAAGCGGAACGGCACCAUCCACAGCUGCGUGUGGUUCACGAGCCUGAUCGAGACGCUCUGUAUCUCGGGCCGCCGCGAGGAUUACUGGAAGGGCCCCGGGCCCGUGCCAGACUGGCGGCUGGAGGAGCUGCGCAAGGAGACCGGCUUCGGGCACUGGUACGCCCGCUGGGGGCUGUACGGGCCGCAGCGCAUUGUGCAGGCGCAGUUUGACGAGAUCAAGGCUGUCAUGGAAGCGAGGGCGCCGACGGGGGAGAUCAGGGGGGUGCUGUAUGCGGCCGCCGCCGACGACGGCGGGCUGGACGCCGCGUCGGUGCCCAGUCCGCACGGCGAGAUGUUUGUGGGCGUGCCGUCGCUGUGGAGUCUGCCGCUGAUCAACUGGCCGAUUCCGAAGGACCGCCCGGGGAAAGCGGCGCACGGUGAUUACGCCCCCGUGAUCCCGUCGUCGGGCAAGGCCGUGCUCGAGUGGAUGAGGGUCAGCAAGCCGAUCUGCGAGGCCAACGGCGUUGAGCUGAUGGCCGACUUCUUCAUGCACGAGCGCCACGUCGUGCUGAUGAACAUGUUCACCUGGGACCAGACGGAUCCGGAGCAGAAGAGGAAGAUGGAGAGGCUGUACUACGGCCUGUACCAGGAGGCCAAGAAGCGGGGAUACGGCAUGUAUCGCGGACACGUCAAUCACAUGGACCUUAUUGCCAACCUGAACGAUUUCAACAACCACGCCUACAACCGGUUUGUCGAAAGGAUCAAGGACGCUGUCGACCCAAAUGGAAUUCUCGCCCCUGGCAAGCAGGGCAUCUGGCCGAAUAGGUUCCGACAUUUGAGGGAGACGCAGGAGCCAAAAGUCUAG